GGUGAGGAAGACCCACUGAAAAACCACCAACAUAGUUUAUCGAUUAGUCCUAGCAAAGAAAAGAUAUUGGAAGAACAUAUUAAAACCUUUGGCAGGAGGAUGAGCUUUCAUCUUCCCAAAAGAGUUGAGGAAUCCUUAGAGUCCUACAAGACAAAAGUGGAGCCAUCCCAUCCUCCCUCUCAGUUCCACGCUGCCUCCCACGCCGUUUCUGCAGUGAAUUCUGCCCAGACCUCCAGGUUCCAGCAAAGAAAUACUAGUGGAGAUGGGAUGCGGACAUUGAAUUUCACACCCAUCCAAGAAGUGUCUCUCCCUGCUUCCUGGCCUGGGAGCCAGAUACGGCCGGCCUCUGAGAUCAAGGUGUUUGUCGACAAAGACCUUAGCACAGCUCAAAGUGGCAGAGAGCCGAUCCAGCCCUGGACACCUGGUAUGGUGGACAAAGGCAGCCUGCAACAAUCUGGAUCAGACCAUAGACAUAGCCCAGAGCUGCCCAUGAGACCAGAUAGGCCAACAGUUCCCCACAAUCCUAGAACAUCUGACUAUAAAAGUCAGGUGUCCAGAGGAGUCGUGUUGCACUCAGAGAGCAGACCACCCAUCCAGGCAGCAGGCCUGCCUGAUGUGCCCUCAGCCUCAGAAGAAAAGACUUCUAAACCCCAGGGCCCCUCCAGUGGGGAUAUGGUGGCUUCUCAGGUACUGCGGGUGCACUUGCCCACUGCGAGAGUUGGCAUUGAGGCAGGGCAGAGUUCCUGGUUCCCUGCAAAUGUGUCAGGCAAGUGCCAGAACAAGGGGUGUCCCCCAGCUGCCAAGCGAGUGUCCCCACUGGGUGGAGGGGAUGCAGGCUUAGGGACAUCCCAAACCAGAGGGAAGAGGCUCUCUGUUCAGGCCAGGGCACCAGAGGAAACACAUGGACACACAUCCUCCCCGGUACAGUCACGUAGGGGGCAGCCUCUGGAAAAUCAAUUCACCAGCCAGGUGAAAUGCUUCUUGCAGUGGGUGUCCCCUGGAAGAAAACACAAAGGGCAGGAAAGGUCCCUGGCCAAGGGCAGCUUCUCAUCACCACCUGUGAAGGGCACAAGCCUCAUCAAAGGGAGAUGUGAGUUUUAUGAGAACAUUGAAGCUCUGAAGUACGUGAGAGACCCCGGGGUGAUCCUCAGGAAACCACUGGGACACAGGCAGGGCACAGUCAUCCCCUGUCCCCAGGCACCUGUGCCUCCCUUCAUGGGGUCUGAAGAAACUCAGCAGGAGGUACAACUGCUGGCUCAGUCAGAGCCUGUGCAGAGGUACCUCUCCUGCUGGCAAGCUGCCUGCUCUCAAGUGCAGAGGGCUGAGGCCUGCAGCCCAGGACAAGGGCAGACAGUCCCUAAGAGGUGUGGCACUGCAGGAAAAGCUGAGAUGGUCACCUCCCCCAUGCAGGCUCCACAGGGAUCCCGAGUCCCACCCAAGUCCUGUCUGUAG